AUGAGGGAGGAAAACAAAAGGCGUAUAAGCGAACUUCAGAGUCAACUAGCGGGUGAAACGGCUGCUAGGGAGGAGAAGGAAAAGGAGGUUUCUGCACUGGCAGCUCGACUCUCGCAGGCCGAGGAAUUGCUUGCGUAUCAAAAGGAGGAAAUCUGCAAGAUUCGGGAGGCAAAUUCUCCGGCACAGUCAGGAACUAAUACAGUUGGUCAGGAUGAAGGACGGGUUUCAAGCAAGGAGAUGAAAUCACUUGUGUCUGCGUUGGUCGCACAAUCGGCGGAGGCAGUAAAGACGUUGGAGCAGCAAAAGGAGGAAACGAAGAAGGUCUGGGAGGCUAUUUUUGUGACUUCGAAACGCGGACCGACCACUUCACUAAUCGCAUCAGUCCCACCAUCGGAUGCCUCUCUAUCUGCCACCCUCUGUACUUCCACUGGUGGCGCUAGGGCCAUUCAGAAGGGCUCAGGGAUGGCUACUACACUUGAUGUUUCGCCUUGUGUUGGGAAAGAACGUUGGCCCAUCCAUCCACGGGAUGCUGCUGCAGUCAUUUCCCCUGCGCCUGCCACCACUGCUACUCCCUUUCCUUCUUCAGCAUUAGCAGAUGCCUCUUAA